AUGAUCCGUGUCAGGUUACUGGUAUUUAUCUUUUUAAUUAUAACUAGUAUCGAAUGGAUCAUUCUUCGCUUGAAUGGGUCUAAGAGGACUAAUAGUUGGUUUGGUGGCACAAAGCUCGGUGGCAUCUACGAAUCAUAUACGGAUGUUGAUCUCCUAAUCACUCAGUUUCUGUUUUUACAACCAUUAACCAUGCAUUUUCAUGCGUCGAUUUUGGUUGGUGUUUUUUUAGCUACCUAUUUGGAUAAAAGACAUAUAGGAUCUCAUUUGAUUUCCUUUGUUCCAGGCAACUGGAUGAACUCUUCCUCUCCGACUCAAUUCUCUGAUCCGGGUAAAUUUGCUCUGAUUGGGGCUGCUGCCCAGUUGGGUGGAAUUGUACGAAUGACCUUGAGUUUGACUGUCAUUUUGAUGGAAGCUACCGGGAAUGUGAUUGUUGGUCUCCCACUACUAAUGACCUUGAUUGUGGCCAAGUACACCGGGGAUUAUUUGAGUGAAGGUAUUUACGAUGAACACAUCGGUCUCAGCAGCAUGGCCAUUCUACCUUGGGAACCGGACCCACUCUCUUCCACCAAACGUGCCUAUGAGGUUAUGUCCUCACCCGUUGUAUUUUUCGAUCCCGUUAUGCGUGUCGGGGAUAUUGUGGAUCACGUGCGCGGAAAUCCUCAUCAUGGAUUUCCCAUAGUGGAGGGUCCUACAAACCCGGCCCGAUUUUCCUACGGGACUCUGGUCGGGCUAAUCUCAGCGGAGCAUUUAGGAAUUCUGCUGAGGGAACUUCGGGUAGAUUUCGCUAACCUGGGACGCGAUUUUGCAAAUCGUUUAGAAAGAAAAACACUGAAAAUCAUUUCGUUAACUGGUAGAUUUCUUGCACAUUCCAGAUCCCACUGUGAUGCACCAUCUCACCCACACAUCUGGAUGUGGGAUAAUUUCCCCUAUCAUGUUUUUCACCCACACACCAUAUAUAUGUUUUUAUGCAUUUAUAGUAAAUUUAUUUAG